CAGGUUGUCAGUGCUCAGGAAGAUGGCAGGGGUGUUUGAGGUGGAGGUUGACGGUGUUGAGCACGACCAUGGACACGGACAUCGCGACGACACCCCUCAGUCUGUUUUGUUUAGCAAAUGUCACUGAGUUAUCAUCACAAACAGUGACCCAUAUUUCUACAGAUUGACCUGUCUCAGCUCUCACCGGAGGAGAAGUGGAGGUUGGAACAUGCAAAAAUGCAUGCCAAACACAAAGGACACGAGGCCAUGCAUGCAGAGAUGGUGCUCAUCCUCAUCGUCACGCUCAUCAUCGCCCAACUCGUCCUGGUGCAGUGGAAACAGAGACACCCUAAAUCAUACAAUUUGGUGACCCUCUUCCAGAUGUGGGUGGUUCCUCUGUAUUUCACCACUAAGCUGCACUGGUGGCGGUUUCUGCUCACAUGGUUCGUCUUCUCUGUUGUCACAGCCUUCAUUACUUUUCGUGCUACCCGGAAACCACUGGACUGCACCACGCCGAGGCUUGUAUAUAAAUGGUUCCUCCUGUUGUAUAAGAUCAGCUAUACCACAGGCAUUGUGGGCUAUACCGUAGUCAUGUUCACUCUCUUUGGCAUCAAUCUCAUAUUUAGAAUAAAGCCAGAGGAUGCCAUGGACUUUGGUGUGUCUCUUCUCUUUUACGGCCUGUACUAUGGUGUAUUAGGUCGGGAUUUUGCAGAGAUGUGUGCAGAUUUUAUGGCAUCCACAGUUGGGUUUUACAGUGCGUCAGGAAUGCCCACGAAACACCUGUCAGAUAGCAUUUGUGCCGUGUGCGGCCAGCCAAUCCUGGUGGACGUGAGCGAGGAGGGAAUCAUCGAGAACACCUACAGACUCUCCUGCAAUCAUGUAUUCCAUGAGUUUUGUAUACGAGGCUGGUGCAUUGUGGGCAAGAAGCAGACGUGUCCAUACUGCAAAGAGAAGGUUGACCUCAAGCGGAUGUUUAGUAAUCCAUGGGAGAGACCCCACGUCAUGUACGGACAGCUACUGGACUGGCUGCGCUACCUCGUGGCCUGGCAGCCUGUUAUCAUUGGACUGGUACAAGGCAUCAAUUACAUCCUGGGUUUGGAGUAACUUCAGCACCUAGUUUCGUGGGACUUUUGUGGGAUCUCACUCAAACUGAAUUUUUCAAGGACUGUGUGUCUAACGUGUUAAGUACUUUAUAUAGGCACACACCGUGCUAAUUUGUCUUCAAAUGAAAUUCUGCUAUCAGUCUGACGUCGGAUGUUUCGCCAAGUUUCUACCUUAAUGGACUACAUGAAGGUUGGACCUUACAUGAAGGUUCACCAUGUCUCCAGAAGGAUUUUUUGUAAAGAGAACUUUUGAAUCACUUAAUGUAUUUUUAAUCAAACGGUUGUCCAUAAAUUUCUCUUUCAUUAACAAACUUUAACAUACACUAUGGACAAAAGUAUUUGGACACUCCCUUUAAAGGAUUUGGUGAUCCUAGUAAUUUCAUAGGUAAAAAUUUUAAUACUACACGUAGUGAUUUAGAUAUUGGAUGUCCUCACUGAAUUGACUAGAAUAACCAAACCUGUUGUUAGAAGCAAGUGUCCACAUGCUUUUUGCCAUGUAAUGUAAUUGUUUCAUAACAUCCUUGCACCGAUGUGUCAGUAUACCUCUCAUUUGGCAAAAUUCAGACAUGCUAGUUCAGAGGAUAGGGAAAGAGUGUGUUUGGGUGCGAACGUGUGUGUGAUAGUGUACAAAUCGUUGUGUCUUGUUGCUAGUAAUGAGCAGAGUGAGGGACAGCUUCAGCCUCAGAUGAUGUUCGUGUAUAAUUCAGUUCCAAUUGUUCUUUACCAUGUUUUAACCAUGUUCACCUUUCAGUCUGUGUGGUGAGUCCCGAAUGGCAACACUGACUAAUGUACUGUAAAAGACUGGAAAUGUUGAAUGGAUAAAUAACAUGAUGUUGAAGUAUUUUACUCAGUCGAUUCUUUAUUAUAGGUGUUUGCCGAGGCAGGCAUCACUACUUCUGUUGCUCAUACAUAGGAUUAGGGGUUUGCUUAAAGCCUAUACACUUUAAGUAUUACUUAUCCCACACAGUUUGUGCUACGGACAUGAAUGGUACCUCAAAUCAUGCAGAUUGUUGAGGAAUGAUGUGCUAUUAUUAUUUUUCUAAACAAUCAGACUUAUCAUUUGUUGGACAAUAAAGCUAGCAAAAAAUGAAUCUAAAUGUCCUGACAACCACCCACAGCACCCUAGCAACAACAUUCUGAAGAACUGUAAACAACUCCGAAGUCAACAGUCAUGAAAAUAUCCAGAAAAAUCCAGAUCAGAGGAUUUACAAAGAAAACUCUACACAGACAUCAUGUGGGUGGUGACUUUUUUGAUGUUAUGGAGUUCCAGAGUUCAUUUGAGGGACAUGUUAUGAGAAUUGUGACUACAUUAUGGCCUGCUGUAUAAUUUGUAAAAGUUUCUGUCAGGUUUCAGUUUGUCUCAUAUGUGAGUCAGUGCUACAUCAGGCUGUUUCCCACUGUUAUUACAGAAAAGAGUUUAGUUGUAUUGUGUAAGCACAGGGAAGUCCCGUGCAUGCUACAAUUUUGACGGUUGUCCUGGUUACUUCCUCAAACCUAUAUAAAGAAACCCAAAAUAGGAAAUGACAACCCAUUCUUACAGAGGCUUUGAACUUAGGCACAAUCGCACCAGCAACUACAAGCAUGAAAUGGACAAAACUCCACACAGGUAAAUGACUGCUAAUACUUUGAUAGCUUGUCUGCUUUUCAGUGUGUUCACCAAGACACAUUUCAGUGUUAAAUAUUGGCAGUUGAGUGGCAUUUACGAUGAGGAAUAAUGCUGUAUUUAUUGUAAUUGCGUUUAUAGUGAUAUGUGGAGUCUCUAAAUGUGAUGUUUUCUUUGUUUAGGGUUUCUCUACUUACUACUUACAGUACUUACAGUCUUUUGUGGUCUACCAGACAUUGCUGAUGCAGGUGUGUUUAUUACUCAAUUUGACCAUAAACAACUGUCAUAUUGAGCUGGAACACAUCACAGUUUAGAGAUUCCACACAUCAUGCUCAGAGAAAGCUUGUUAACAUGGCAAUUCUUUUUUUUUCAAGGUCCUAAAAUUGUAAAAUUAAAUAAUGCUACAUCAGGGACAAAAUUAACAAUUUCCUGUGAAGUUGAUCCUGGAAUACUUCAAGAUGAAACUCUUGUGUACUGGUUGGUCAACAAUUCCUUUAUUGAGACGGCAUUUCCUAGCGGACGAGUGUGGAUGCACACGCAUGACAGCAUGGAGUAUAUUCAGAGUGAUCUGGUGUUUUCAUGUGUUCAUCCUCAAGACUUUCAGAGCAAUUUCACCUGUGUAGCUCUGAGUCCUGCUGGAGUGGAUACUAAAUCGAUUACACUGCAUGAAAUAAUUAGGAAUACAACACGCA